UGUUCCCUGCCCCCUCAUUAGCAUGCGUUAUAUUGCCCUCCUUACGAAAGCAUCAUGGCAAGUCAUACCACUCCGGCCAACGGGGAAGUGAGUCAAGCAGGUGUCUUUGUGAGGAAUUUCACAUAAACACGGAGAAGAGAGAAAGGGAAAGACUUUUUACAUUUCGUUUGGUUUGUUUGGUUCGUCUUCAUGUUCAGAUCCACUUGAAAUAGACUAUAUAAAUAAUAAUAUUAAAUAGAUAGUGGACAUCAUUAAAAACUUUUUUGAUGUUUGCAAAAAUGGUGUCCAAGUUGACAUCUUUGCAGCAGGAGCUCUUGAGCGCCCUGUUGGAUUCAGGAGUAACCAAAGAUGUGCUUAUCCAAGCGCUGGACGACAUGGACCCCACGCCGAACGGCUUUGGAGUAAAACUGGAGAACUUACAGAUGUCACCGUCAAAUUCUAAAAUGAAUGGGAGCGACACGGAUUCCAAGCCAGUGUUUCACACGUUAACUAACGGACAUGGGAAAGGAAAGUUGUCCGGGGACGAGGGCUCUGAAGACGGAGAUGAUUUCGACACACCGCCGAUUUUGAAAGAGCUCCAGUCGCUAAACACAGAGGAGGCAGCGGAGCAGAGGGCAGAAGUGGACCGCAUGCUAGCCGAGGACCCGUGGCGCGCAGCUCGUAUGAUCAAAGGGUACAUGCAGCAGCACAACAUCCCACAGCGCGAGGUGGUGGACGUUACCGGGCUCAACCAGUCGCACCUCUCGCAACACCUUAACAAAGGCACGCCCAUGAAAACACAGAAACGAGCGGCGCUCUACACCUGGUACGUCAGGAAACAGCGGGAAAUUCUGCAACAGUUCAACCAGGCAUGUCAUGGUUCUGUCAGUAUGACAGACAAAGGCGGUCAGGAUCAGGUGCUGUUUUUUUUCCCAGAAUUCAAUCAGUCCGGUCAGGGCAUGGCACCACCCAGCGACGACCCGGGCGGUGAGCCCGCCUGCAAGAAACUGCGGCGGAACCGCUUUAAGUGGGGGCCCGCUUCCCAACAAAUCCUUUACCAGGCCUACGAUAGGCAGAAGAACCCCAGCAAGGAGGAGCGAGAAGCACUGGUGGAGGAGUGCAACAGGGCGGAGUGCUUACAGCGGGGCGUGUCCCCUUCCAAAGCCCAGGGUCUGGGCUCUAAUCUGGUGACCGAGGUGCGGGUGUACAAUUGGUUCGCCAACCGGCGCAAGGAGGAGGCCUUCCGCCAGAAGCUGGCCAUGGACUCCUACCCGCCCCACAGCCUCACUACCCUGCUGUCACAUGGCUCUCCUCACCACCCGCAGGCCAGCAACUCCCCACCCAGUAAGAUGCAGAGUAUCCGAUACAGCCAGCAGGGGCCCAGUGAAGUCAGCUCCUCGACAACCAUCAGUCACCACGGUAACAAUGGCAUGGUGACCAGUCAGUCAGUCCUGCAGCAGGUGUCGCCGGGCUCAUUGGACCCCAGCCACAGCCACAGCCUGCUGUCCCCAGACGCAAAGAUGAUCUCAGUUUCAGGUGGAGGACUGCCGCCUGUUAGCACGCUCACCAACAUCCACAGCUCCCACCACUCGCACCAGCAGGCCCAGAACCUCAUCAUGCCCCUGUCCGGAGUCAUGGCCAUCGCACAGAGUCUAAACUCGUCGCAGGCCCAGUCAGUGCCUGUCAUCAACAGCGUGGCGGGUAGCCUGGCGGCGCUGCAGCCCGUACAGUUUUCCCAGUCGCUGCACAGCCCCCACCACCAGCAGAGCCUCAUGCAGUCCUCGUCCGGUCACAUGAGCCAGCAGCCCUUCAUGGCCACCGUCACACACUCACACAUGUACCCACACAAACAGGAGCCCCCUCAGUAUUCUCACCCAUCACGCUUCCCCUCAGCAAUGGUCGUCACGGAUGCCAACAUCAGCACCCUCAGCUCAAUGUCCUCUAGCAAGCAGGAUCCAGUAAACAAGAUGGUGCAACUGGGAGGUCUCUCCUGGUGUCCCCUACAAGCCUGGUGAACAAGCACACCUGACUUCAUUGGUGCCUAGCAACCGGGGCCACAUUUUUCCACCCAUGAGCCACAGUAACCGUGGCAACUCCUAAUAACUGGCAACUGCUCACCGACUGAUGAGUCAGUCAAUAAAUCACGACUUGCUGCCGAGGGCAGAAGAGAGAGAAGAGAAAAGUGAGAGAGAAAGAGAGAGAGAGGCAAAAGAAAUGCACUACUUCACCAGCCCCUCAAGCCUAGCACGGGAAAGAAGCAGACUGGAUUCUUCACUGUUGGACGAUCAACUUGGAUCAACCUUAACCCUUCGGCCUAAAUUCGUCUCGAGCAACAGUAUUCGUUGCGCGACUGAGUAAUGUACCCUGAGGGUGGAAAAAAUGUGCAAGUGAUCCUAACAAAAGUGACGAACAAACAUACAGCAAAAGUGGUGCUUGCAUAACCAGACUGGUGGUUAACACUGUUUCAAAUAUUCUUAAAUUGACACUGCGCACUCUGAUCAUGUGCUAGGAGCACAGAAAUCAACCACCAGCAGGGACGCCAUUGAGUCUCACAUGGACUGAAUUGUAUGGUAGCCUAGACUCUUCUGUGUUGCUCUGCGAUCUUGAAAUAUUUUUGAAGUCUUUUCGUUUUUCAAUGCCAUGAAGCAUUCACACUACACUGCACGCGUGCAACCUUAUUGUAUGACAAUCAGUUAGCCCGAGCUUUGCCUAUAUGAGUUAGAGUGAGUUAAUCACACACUGAAAAUUUUCUACGCACAGCCUUUUCCUGCAGUUUUGAGUCUUCCAAGCAAUGAGGUAAAGGAUGCAAUGCUUACUAUGCAGUGUACAGUUAUCUGUAGAUAUGAAGGAAAUAUGUUUUGCUGUCUGUGGCGUGUAAAUAUUUGAGAGUUUGGAAGAGUGUGUGGAAAGGUGGGAUAUGCUGUAUGUUAUUGCCAUGUAUUUUGCUUUGCUGAGUUUUGUUCUGUGAAUGAACUGUGAUUUUUGUUUUGUUUAUGACAAUCUUAUCAACACACUAUGGAAGGACUAUGCAAUCAAUGGGAAUGCAAUCACAUAAGUUUUGAAGAAGGUGGAGGACUUGUGUGCAAGUAGAUCCUUCCCAACAAUGUGAUACAAACUCAGUACUGACUGAUGAAGAAAAAGAGAACCUUGUGAAGAUGGACAUGAUGUCCAAGAGUAAGCCAAAAUUGAGACUAGGUUGAAGAGUCGUUUUAAGAGUAACCCUAAUGGUCAGCUUCUGCGAGCUGUGGCCAACAUGAAUGUAAAUCUAAUUGCUCCAAAAUGAUUCAGCCCUUUGUAGCCUGUUUUUCUUACUGUGUGUCCAGGAAAGGACACUGCCCUGAAUUUAACAUACAUAUCUCACACAAUUAGAGAGUAUUUCUGGUUGUGAAAUAUACAUCUAUUGGUGAAAUUUCAGAAGAGGCAUAAUUGUGUUUGUGUUUGUACUACUUUGUACUAACUGUCAUGAUGGUGAAUAUAUUGCACCCCACAGUGCCCGUGGACCAAUCAGUAGGAAAGAUUUGUAUUUGUUGGUUCACGGUUUAAUUUUAAGUCCAUGGUAACUUUUCAACUUGUUAGUAAUACUGGCAGAAAAUGUCCUUCAUUGGAAUGGUUACUUUGGUAAAGGGCAGACGAGGUCAUGUCUUUUUUUAAGUUACCAAUAACAGUACCUAUUGUAAUCCACCAGAAUUCCUUGGAAGUUGAAAAAACGUGCACGCCCGAAUCAGUUACUUCCGACCAGGGCAAACAGUAUUAAAAGCUUAUACAACUCCUAUCACGAGGAAACCUCAAUUUGACAAAAAGCCCAAAUGGUUCUGCAGUGACCAAAUCAAAAAUGAUUUGGCAAUUCUUUAUUCUGAAAUGUUAUCUACUGCUGAUAUUGAAUUGUGGAUGCAUUGUCUGUGAUUUGUAGAAAGGUUUCUUCUAAAUGUGGUUCAAUAUUCCCUAGGACCAGUGUAAAGACUAUUUCUAAAGGUCACUGUUGAGAUAUAUAUUUUUUGUGAUAAUAUUUUGUCUUAUCUGCUGAGAGGACCAACCCACUGCCAGCGAACUACUGGUUACAGCUCACAGUUUGUGUGACCACAAACAAAACCACAAAAAGAUGUGAUUCCUCUUGUAUUAUUUUUGUAUAAAUAUGAAAAUUAAUCUUUUAAAAUCAUUAUUUAUACUUGUUCACAAAUAACUUGACAUUUCAAGUAAAGAUGUUGUUUUCCAAAAUUA